CUCUCCAUCCAGACCCCUGAUAACAAGACAAUAGAGCUCGAGCUCGAAAGGGGAGAUUGAGAGUAUGAAGAAGACAACAUCGCCUCUGGCUCCGGGCAAGUUGGCGACGAACGACCAAGAAGCUGGAUCCAGAUCAUCAGGGAGGCGUGCCGUUGGCGCCGCCGCUGCUGCUUUGAAGAAGAAGGGGUCGGAAUCGGAGGCACCGGCGGCGGCAAAGAAGCUGGAGAGCAAAGAAUCGAUGGACAUAAACGAAAGCGCUGAGGCGUUCAUCAACAAGUUCAAGCAGCAGCUGCUCCUGCAGCGCCUGCAGUCCAUUGAGAAUUACGAGCAAAUGCUGGCCAGAAGCACAUAGAGAUAUUAUAUAUAUUCGUGCAUGGAUGUGGUUGCUUCUGUGUUGCUUUUCUUUUAAUUAGUUUGUUUAGCCUUUCUUUAUUUCUUUCUUUCUUUUUGUCCGGUACUCUGUUGAGUUGUUUGAUGGUGGAAUAUUAGUAUCAAAUUAAGGUAUUGAAAGCCCAUUUCGUGUACCUUUUGAAGUGGAGGGUAAUGUUGUUCUGUUCUUAUCA